GAGGGCCGGCGGCUAUGACGUCACGAUGGAAGAACUUCAGCAUGGUCUGCUGAUCCAGCCAUGGUCAUGGCUACAACUUUCAGAAGAAUCGCUCUUGGCUAAGGCCUAUAUUACUACACACAAGGGCUAUGCCCUUCUUCUCUCUGACCUUCAAUAUGUGUGGCAUGAGGAAGUCGACACAAGUGUGGUCAGCCUACGGGCCAAGGAGCUGAACAAACGACUGAGUGCAACUCCUUCUGCCUUCCUCUCCCACCUAAAAGACCUCAUGUGUACCUUGUUGGAAGGUUCAGCUGAUACCAGAGGAGCCACUUUCUCUUGCGAGCAUAUGCCAGAUGGACUGACACUACGUGUUCGGAGUGAUCUCUCCGGUCUACCCUUUCAUUGGAACUUCCACUGUACCUUGGCUAGUUCUUCCCUGGUUUCCCAGCAUCUUAUACGUCCCUUGAUGGGCAUGAGUCUGGUACUACAGCACCAGGUGAAAGAGUUGGCUUCUUUGCUUCGACUGAAGGAUGCAGAAAUCCAAGACUACCAGGAGAAUGGAGCCACACUGAGUCGAGAUCGAUUGAAGACAGAACAAUUUGAUGAGAAUGCUUUCCUGGAGCAGUUUGUAACAGAGAAUCUGCUGGAGGCAUGCAGUGUUAAGGAUGGAAAACCUUUUGCUAUGAAGCUACAAAAUCUCUAUGUGGCCAUCACUAAACAAGAAUUCCGGACAGGACAAAAACGGCAUGCUUCUGGAGACUCCCAGGCCUCUGAUGGGACUUCUUCCCAUGAAACUGAUGGUAGACCACUGAACCAGCAAGAACAGCAAUCCUCCUCUGCUCCAACCCUGUCUGUGACUGAGACAUUGAAUAUGGAUACUUCAGUUCCAACUCAAAGACCUCACCUGUCCAAAGUGAAGAGAAAGAAACCAAAGGGACUUUUCAACUGAACUGAGCUCAUCUGCUAAGGAUGACUGGAGAGGAAAUUCUGUCGACAUUAUCUUGAAGAGAUCUUUUGAGGUGAAAGCUCAGACCUUGGUCAGAAGACUGGAGCCAUGGAUUGGGGUCCCACUGUAAGGUUUGUGUUAGUAGGCCAAGGAAUUGGACACUUUGGCAAAGAGACCUUUUUUGAGAAAAUUGAUUGAGUAUAUUGAUGAUCAUUCUAGGUUUCCUGCUCUGAGGAAGAGUGUGAACCUAGGGAAAUAUUGAACCCAUUCUCUGUAAAGUCCCUUUUGCCCCCAGGAUUCUCCUUUAAACUUCGUACAUCUACAUUUGUGGUGGAUUUACUAGAAAUAAAACAAAAAAAUAAAAACUUCCAAAA